AUCAUCGGUACGGGUAAUGGGCUUUUCCCCCUUCCCUUUUAUGUGAUGUGCAGCGCAUUUAGUGACAGCCUGCUUUACUUUGUUUAGUGACGCUGGGAGACGGGUCGCUCCGUUCAGCGUGCCGUGGGUGCUUCUGUGACGACAGGGUAAGCUAUGCGGUCCACAUUAUGUGAUCUGAUGUGUCAACUGGUCCCUGAUUUUGUGUGGUUGCUGCAGUUUAUUUGCUGCUGCUGUCGUUGGAUCUCCUCCUCCUACAUUGCUUCUACGCUGCGCCACAGCUAACCGGGUUGCAGCUAAACGUGUGGUUCCCUGGACUGGCGGCUGUCUCGGCUGUCUCGGCUGUCUCGGCUGUCCCGGCUGUCCCGGCUGUCCCGGCUGUUUCGGCUGUCUCGGUUCUUCUUUCUUUUCGCCGGCUCUUCGUUGCGGCUCUUGUUCUCGGUCUGUUUGCCGGCUCUGUGAUUGGUGCCGACAACUUGCUGUUUUUGACUGUGUUGGUGUGUAUUUUCAUUAGGUUUACCGCCAACGUGUGUAGAGUUACUGCAUUGUACUUUUUCUGUUAAAAACCUCAGGCUAUGAGGAUUAUCAUGCCUCAUAUGUCACCUGUGUUUUAAAAGUUAUUGUGUGGAGUGAGUGUGCGUGUGUGUUUUACUGUGUAUAUUGGUCUGGUCACCAGCACUGCUAAAUCAGGAGUACUAAUUACUUGUUUCUUUUGUGCAGGUUUGGUGAGCCUCGGCGGCAGUUUAAUCCCUGGUGGUGGUUCACGGAUCCCUUUUUCGUUGGUGUGUUGUCACAGGUGUGAUUAUUUGGACCCCCUUUUUCUUCUUUUUGGUUAUUUGUUUGCCUGCCGCCAUGGUAAGCCAGCCUGCUCUCUUUGUUUAAGUUUAGUACUCCUGAUUCUCUCUUUUAAACUGGUGGCUUGCUUUUUAUAUUUAAUGCCAUAAUUAAUAAAGAAAUUGUUGUAUUUUUGGAAACACGUCUCAGCCCAAGUGAAUAUGAACCUGUGUGCCUUCAGUGUUUAAAUGGUCCUUGGUUGAUCAUGUUGAAUUGAAUGUCCCGGGGGUGAAAUUCCCCUGGGUGGCGUUGUCGCAAUAUUUAUGUGAAUCCAAGCCAUUUUUCUCCAUUCCCCUUCCCUUAGAGCUUCCCUCCGCCACGCCACAUUCUGGCGUUGUCAGCAGGAUUUCACAUUUUAAAGGGCAGAGACGUGUUCCUCAUGUUGUUUUUGUUUUUUUUCUUCUUGUGGUGUUAAUUUUAAGUGUACAUGCAGUGGUAGAGCCGAGGCAGCAGUCUUAAUCCUAGGGAUUUCCUUUAGUUUGUUACCUGUGAGAGGCCUUGGUGCAGCUUCUUCUUCGUAGGUAUGGAGGAGGAGGCGCAGCGACUCAGGGACCUUGUGUCACAGCUUAAAGCGGAAAACGAACGGCUCCGGCAGCAGUGGGCUGCAGAUGUCAGUGGAGCGGCUUCUUCAUCUUCCGCUGCUUCAGCUAGGCAGGCUUCUGCUGCAGCUGAAGCCGCUGCUGUUACAGAGCGGCUGGUUGUUAUUCCUAGGGACCGUAAAUGUUCCAUGUUUAAUGGUAGGUCUGGUAUAGAAAUAACAGAGUGGAUAGAGGAGAUAGAAGCCUGUAUGCGUACCCGCCGUCUUUCUAUUGCAGAUCAGGCGUUGUUUAUUUUUGACCAUUUAGAGGGAGAAGCAAAAGAGAUUAGAUUUCGGCCUAGUCGAGAGCGAGGUGAUCCACCCACUGUGUUUGCCAUCUUAAAGGACCUAUAUGGUUGUGCUCAGUCCCAUGUCAUUCUACAGCAGGCUUUCUUUUCUCGCCAUCAACUUGAGGGUGAAACCCUGCAGGAGUUCUCCUUGGCCCUUUUGGCUUUAAUGGAGCGGGUGAAGCAGUGUGUGCCGGAUGGGAUGCCCAAUGCCGAUAAGCUUCUUCGUGAUCAGUUUACGGAGCAUGUUCUUGACAGUGCUCUCCGUCAAGAGCUUAAACAGUUUGUGCGUGGUCAGCCUGAUGCCACCCUGUUGGAGCUGCGCAGCGAGGCUAUUAGGUGGGAGAGAGAGGGUCUCCCUGGGGGUGCUAGGGGGCGAAGUGUUUCUCUUCCUGCGGUUCAUGGCUUCCAGUAUGGGGUGCAGGGCCAUCUUAACCCAGUCCAAUCGGUUGCCCUGUCGAACCCUGAUUGGGAUGAGUUAAUGGAGCUUAUGAAGCAGCAACAGGAGCAGCUCAACCAGCUUACCCAAACAGUAGCAUCCUUGCAUGCUCCUUACUUACCAAAUCGCACUUCUGGUAGUCGUCCUGUCAUCUGUAGAAGGUGUCAGCAGCCAGGCCAUUUUGCUCGAGAUUGCAAAGCUGAGCGGUUUCCCUCUCAUGGUCGUGUCAAUGAGGGUGCUGGCUUGGGCUUAAACUCAGCCAAGCGCUCUAAUCCCUGCUACCAGUCGGGAAACUAAAGCCCACUGAGCUGUUGAGCCACAGCUCAGUUGGGGGGUCAACAGGCUCACUGGACAGUGCAGAGGUGGGAUUGAUUGCUCCCUGUUCAAAUAUUGAUGUUUCCAUUGGGGGAGUUCCUGUUUCAUGCUUGGUUGACACUGGUUCCAUGGUGUCUACUAUUACUGAAAGUUUUUUUUCCUUGCACAAUUUGCGCUUUGGGGCCAUGAUCGCCUGCAGUCUUGCCACUGGUUACAGCUACGAGCCGCUAAUGGAUUAGCGAUUCCAUAUCUCGGCUAUUUGGAGCUGGAUGUUCUUUGUGGCAAGGUGAUUCCCCGUUGUGGAAUCCUUGUUGUUAAAGAUCCUCCUGGUGCCGUGUCUCCAGUUCCCGGGAUCCUAGGGAUGAAUGUGAUUCGUCGCUGCUAUCGUGAACUUUUUGGGACAUUUGGUCCUUCUCUUUUUGAGUCUCCACCUGUAUCACAGGCACCCGGUCCAGUGGUCAUGGCUUUGGAGGAGUGUCAUCAGUCAGCCACUCUGGCUCCACAGAGCACUGUUAGCACUGUGAGGGUUCGAGGUAAACAUGCUGUACGUAUACGUGGUGGGGUGAUGCAGCUAGUUGCUAGUACCUGUCACGAACGGUUCUCAGGCCAGGUUGCCCUGCUUGAGCCCCCUGAGGCAGGUUUGCCUGCUGGCUUAUUAAUCUCUCCCUGCCUAGUACGGGUUGUUCGGGGGACAGCUUAUGUCCCGGUUGUCAAUGUUGGGACCACAGAGAUUCUUCUUUAUCCAAGGACUAGUAUUGGUGUUUUGAGUGUUGCUGAGGUUGUCAGUCUUCCUGCAGGUGUGACGGAGGUGAGGUCCACGGCCGCUGUUUCCUCACAGGCAGCUGCUACUCCGGUACCAGAUAGGUUUGACUCCCUGGACCUGUCUGCUUUGGGUGAGCAGGAACAGGCAGAAGUGAGGUCAUUGUUGCAGAAGUAUCAGGCUGUCUUUUCAGUUCAUGAUGGAGAUUUGGGUUGCACUAAUCUUAUCUCACAUGGCAUUCCAUUGACUGAUGAUAUUCCAGUCCGGCAGCGCCAUCGUCGCAUCCCUCCGUCAGAUUAUGAGGCAGUAAAGGCACAUAUUAACCAGCUUCUGGAGUCUCAGGUCAUUAGGGAGAGCAGUAGCCCUUAUGCUUCUCCAAUUGUUUUGGUUAGGAAGAAGGAUGGCAGUCUGCGCUUGUGUGUAGAUUAUCGCCUUCUUAACAGUAAGACUCGGAAGGAUGCUUCCCUCUGCCACGCAUUGAGGAGAGUUUGGAUGCACUUUCAGGGGCCCGUUGGUUUUCAACCAUUGAUCUGGCCAGUGGUUAUAAUCAGGUCCCUGUUGCUGAGCAGGACAAGAUAUCAGUGGUUUGCAGGAGGCUGA